AAGAUCUCAGAGCUCCGCCAUACAAUCCUGCUACGAUCUCAACUCUUACUGCCACCUCAUUUCCUUCACUCGCAUAGCUCUCUUGCCUUUCUGGGACACCUCAAUCAAGGUGUCGACAUCGCCACAUUGCAAAGCGCGCGCCACCAAACCUCCGAAGUGAAUACGACAGACAUAUAAGCCUUCCGACGCUUCGCUCUCCUACUUCAACCCUCUUUGUCUUAGCACACUCUCUUUCCUUCAUCAACCACUCCGCGCAGACAGAUUUGGCAGGAUCCAUAUCACAGCGCGUUCAGAUCUCGACCCUCAGCCCGAAGAGAGACACAGAUCUCCACUCCAACACCGAAGAUCUCAUACGACUUUCACAUAUUUGAGAUCUGUCCGUCGCUCCACCCUGCCCACGAUGGCGCUUUCACCAGCCCAGCUCAAGAUUCAGCCGUUGAUCCAAUCGCUCGUCGCCGCAUUCCCAGCCAAUGCCACCCAAUCAAAUCAAGAUCUCUUCAUAUCUAUCUAUCUCGAAACUAAAGACGACGGCACACCAACUAUCGAGAAGAUCAAGGCAAUUGUAGCCGCGCUGGCCUCGGGUGAUUUCCACUUCCCAGCUACCGUCAAGAUCUGGAAGCCUUUGCUGUACUUCGUCCAGCACUUUGCGUGGCUCUACUACCCCGUACGCGGCUCCAAGAAGACCAAGCACAGACUGUAUGUUGGCAAGGUCAUAUCUGCACUGGGACACGAGCAGCACGUCUGGGCCGAGAUCUCUGGAGGCAACAGUUGGACGUUGAAAAUGUACGUGAGUCUUCACGAGACCCGCGUGGAUGGCAAAUCCACUCUGUGGGCGUGGAAAAGAGGCGAUCGUAUGUGCAUGACAUGGUACUGGCCCCUCCAGAAGCUGUUCAGACUCGGCGACUUCCCCAAGAAGGACUUUGGCGACAAAAAGGAGGAAGAUUACGGCACGACGUAUGCUCUUANGUAGAUCCCAACACCACGACUGGCCAGAACUUGGACCGUACACCUGCUACAGCCCCAUCCUUGGUACGUUCUGGUGAAUGGGGUUUGAGGACCUUGUCUGCCGCAGAACGAGCUAGGUGGCCUGCUGGUUAUACUGUGGGCCACCUUGGUGA